AUGGCUGAUGACAAUCCAUACCGUGAUGAUGAGGCAGUGGAAGAAGAGGAGGAGAUAGAUGAGACUGGAUACAAAGCAGUAAGGGACGCUGUCCUCUUCGCCAUCGAAGUCAGCGAUUCAAUGUUGACUCCGCGUCCAUCAUCUGAUCCUAAGAAGAGAGUGGAAGAAUCACCAACCACCGCGGCGCUGAAAUGUGCAUACUACCUCAUGCAACAGCGCAUCAUAUCCAAUCCUCGUGACAUGAUUGGCGUAUUAUUGUACGGGACGCAGGCGUCCAGAUUCUACGACGAGGAUGAGAACAGCCGGGGCGAUCUAUCGUAUCCUCACUGCUACCUUUUUACGGAUCUAGAUGUCCCUUCAGCACGAGAGGUGAAAGAACUCCGUGCUCUGGCGGAGGACGAAGGCAAAGCAAGAGAUGUGCUUGUGCCAUCGAAAGAGCGGGUCUCCAUGGCCAAUGUACUUUUCUGUGCGAAUCAGAUCUUCACAUCCAAAGCCCCCAACUUUCUGUCUCGGCGAUUGUUCAUCGUCACAGACAAUGAUAACCCUCACGGCGAUAGUAGGAGUCAGCGAUCGGCUGCCACCGUUCGCGCGAAAGAUCUUUACGAUCUGGGGGUGACCAUUGAGCUGUUUCCGAUCUCUCAGCCUGAGCAUGAGUUUGACAGCUCCAAGUUCUAUGACGAUAUCAUCUACAAAACCUCACCAACUGAUGCGGAGGCUCCUGUGUACCUGAAAGAUGAUUCAAAGGUGUCGACUGCCUCCGGAGAUGGGAUCUCGCUGCUGAACGGCCUCCUAUCCAGCAUAAAUUCUCGGUCGGUCCCGCGCAGAGCGCAUUUUUCGAACAUGCCUCUGGAGCUUGGGCCGAAUUUCAAGAUCUCCGUGACAGGAUAUCUCUUGUUCAAACGCCAGGCACCUGCACGCAGCUGUUAUGUCUGGCUUGGCGGGGAGAAGCCUCAGAUCGUCAAAGGAGUAACUACCCAGAUCGCAGACGAUACUGCUCGCACCGUUGAAAAGUCAGAGAUACGGAAAGCAUAUAAGUUUGGUAACGAUCAGGUGUCAUUCACUCCCGAGGAGCAAAAGGCCCUGAGACACUUCGGUGACCCAGUGAUCCGUAUCAUUGGAUUCAAGCCACUCUCCGCUCUCCCUUUCUGGGCCAACGUCAAGCACCCAUUUUUCAUCUACCCUUCUGAGGAGGAUUACGUGGGCUCAACGCGCGUAUUCUCCGCUUUGCACCAGAAGCUUUUGAAGGAUCACAAGAUGGCUCUUGUCUGGUUCAUCCCGCGCAAAAACGCAGCUCCAGUGCUCGGUGCAAUGAUAGCGGGUGAAGAGAAGGUCGACGAAAAUGACGUUCAGAAAUUUCCCCCUGGAAUGUGGAUUAUAACCCUACCAUACGCGGACGAUGUUAGACAGAAUCCCGAAACGACCCUCAAUGUAGCGCCAGAGCCACUGAUCGACCAAAUGCGAACGAUCGUGCAGCAGCUGCAGCUUCCCAAGGCGUCAUACGAACCGCAGAAAUAUCCAAAUCCAUGUAAGCUGGGCAAGUUCAAUUUAUUGACAAGUAACGCUGAUUUGCUCCCUGCAGCGCUGCAAUGGCAUUAUCGCAUUCUACAGGCCCUCGCAUUAGAUGAAGACCUUCCUGAAAAGCCCGAAGACAAAACAAUCCCUAAAUACCGCCAGAUCGACAAGCGCGCUGGAGAUUAUGUUCUGUCGUGGGCCGAUGAAUUAGAAAAACAGUACGCGGCGUCAGCAACACAUGGCACAAAGAGCACACUGGUGAAACGGAGCGCCAAAGACCGAGCCGCCGACAGCGACGAAGCUUCCAGUCAUCCUUCCAAACGGAUCAAAUCGGAGAGCGGGCCUGAAGGAGUGGACGCCGAGGUCCGGCUUCACUAUGAGAAAGGAAGUCUUUCGAAGGUAAGUCGCUUGCAUGCCGACUGUCUGAAUGUUACUAACCAGUCGUAUGUGAUACAGCUUACUGUAGCUGUUCUCAAGGAUUUUCUGACCGCUCAUGGGCGCUCGACAGCGGGAAAGAAAGCGGAUCUCAUUGAGCGAGUCGAGGAGUACAUGGAGACUAAAUAA